UUAGUGCAAAAUUGUCGGUUCGGUACUUGUGGAGUUUUGUGCAAACUGUGGUUCGAGGCGCCUUCGCCUACCACCUUGUCAUGAUGAGUUAUCUGCUGCACGAGGACAUAUUAUAUGAAAUAUCCGUUGUUUAAGAAUGCUGUUGUACGGGUUACAUUGACAGGUAGCGUCUGGUCCUUUCGAAGCGAUUCGAUUCUUCCGAUCCUUACGAGACGAUGGGCAACACAGACGAGCAACAAGAUGAAAUGCUGGUCCUGCAAAGCAUUUACGACAGUACCGUGCUUACGGUCGAAGAGUCCGAAGGUUUCCACUGUGGCACAUUCCUUGCACAGCCGACGUUGCCAACGCCCUUCACAGUAAUUGUGCCAAAACUCAGCAACGAUGGCACAUACGGCAAUGGGAAGCAAGAGAUAAGCCUUGAACAUCUUCCACCAAUCUGCUUGAAGUUUGAACUGCCCAAAAGCUAUCCUUCUGAUUCGCCUCCUAAGUUCUGCCUGAGCUGCACAUGGCUUACAAUGCAACAGCUUGGGAUCCUGUGCAAAGCUUUGGAUCGGUUGUGGCAUCAAGACCCUUACAGCGUCGUACUCUAUCGCUGGAUGGAUUUCCUGCAAAAUGAAGCCCUAUGUGAACUGCGUAUUGAGCAAAGGCAUAGCCUCGGUCCCCUACUUCUCUACCUCUCUAAGAAGAAACAUUAUUCCGCUCGCCACGCCUCUCAACCUCGUCUCCGGUUGAAGCAGUGCCUGAAGUACCCCGGUGAUGCACACUACGAUGACCGAGCUUUCAAGGAACAAUUGGAUCCCAGCUUGCUUCUGUGUAGCCUCACAGAUUACAACAGCAAAAAGAAGCAGGAUGUCUUCCAGCAGCAGUGGUUGCAUUGUCAAGUGUGCAUGAAUGAGAAGUUGGGUUCCCAGUUUCUGGUGUUUUUUGGCUGCAAUCACUACUUCUGCAAGGAGUGCAUGAGUUCCUUCUUUCGCAUUCAAAUUGAAAGUGGCUCAGCAAGCUUCCUCAGAUGUCCACAAGAGGGCUGCACAUCACAGGCUUCACCACCACAGGUGAAGGAACUGGUAGGGGAAGCACUGUGCAACAAGUAUGAAGCAAUGCUUCUGAGCACAUACCUAGACACAUUGGCAGACCUUACGUACUGUCCUCGGCUUCACUGUCAGUGUCCUGUCGUGCUUGACCCUGACCUCACCUUGGCUGAAUGCCCAUCGUGUCACUUUGUUUUCUGCAUAUACUGCAAAAUGGUAUACCACGGUGUGGAGCCCUGCAGACUUAAGCCAGACGAACGCCGGGAAAUCCGGGACCGAUACGUGGCUGCUACGGGAGCAGAGAAGCUGGAGAUGGAAAGGCGAUAUGGAAAGCGGACCCUUCAGUUAUUGGUCGUGGAGAGUCUUUCACAGGACUGGAUGAAUGAGAACAGCAAAAAGUGCCCCCACUGUAAUGUUUCCAUCGAGAAGCAGGAUGGCUGCAACAAAAUGACAUGCUGGCGCUGUGGCACUCACUUCUGCUGGUUAUGUGUUACAACCCUCAAGUCCAUCUCCAACCCUUAUCAGCACUUCAAUGAUCCUGCCUCACCCUGCUUCAACAAACUUUUUCACGGUGUCGAGGGACUCGAAGAAAUUGACGACGUACAUGACAUCGGGGAGUUCCUGUAACCUUUUUUUUUUGCCCGUGUCUGUGUGUUCUGUGUGACGUUUUUCAGCAGUCGUAGCUUAAUUUGCUUUGUAUUUCUCUCAAAAUUUCUAGUAAAUGUGGGUGACCGUGUACAUAUCGC